AUGGCGUCCCGUCAACCUUUGAAUCCAGAUGAAAUAGCAUUGAUUUUGGAACAGGACGAAGAUUAUUCUCCUCAAGAUACAGACUCUGAAGAGGAAGAUUGUGUUUCGGAAGAUGAUGUCAGGAGUGACUUUGAGGACGACGUGGUUGACGUCAUAGAAAAUACAACUCCAGAAGAUAGGCUAGAGGAGCCUGAACAAACUGACCCUUCCUCAGAAUCCCAUCAACUUGAGGUAACACCAUCGUCUUCUCGCAGAAUAAUAACAUUAUCUCAACGUUCGAUUCGCGGAAAAAAUAAUAAUAUAUGGGCGACAGUAAAAGGGCGAUCUACAGGCCGAACUUCUGCAAUAAAUAUUGUACGCAUAAAUAGAGGGCCUGCUCGAAUGUGUAGAAAUAUCGUUGACCCUUUGCUUUGUUUUCAACUAUUUAUCAAAGAUGAAAUCGUUGAAGAGAUUGUGAAAUGGACAAACGUUGAAAUGGUUCGAAAACGCGAAAACUUGAAGGAAAUUUCAGCAAGCUACAGAGAUACCACUGAAACGGAAAUCUGGGCCCUUAUAGGAAUACUCACGUUAACAGCUGUAAUGAAAGAUAAUCAUUUAUCCGCUGGUGAGUUGUUCAAUGCUUCGUUCUCUGGCUCUCGCUAUGUCUCUGUUAUGAGCCGAGAGAGAUUUGAAUUUCUAUUGCGAAGCUUGAGAAUGGAUGACAAAUCUUUGCGAGCAACUCAUCGACAGGAAGACGCUUUUAUUCCUAUCAGAAAGAUUUGGGAAAUAUUCAUCAAUCAAUGUAGACUGAAUUACAUACCUGGCACACACUUAACUGUUGACGAACAAUUGUUGGGUUUCCGCGGCCGGUGCCCUUUCCGUAUGUAUAUACCUAAUAAGCCGGAUAAAUAUGGGAUAAAAUUUCCAAUGAUAUGUGAUGCUUCAACAAAAUACAUGAUAGAUGCCAUACCUUACCUUGGGAAAAGCACGAAGACGAAUGGUUUGCCCCUAGGAGAGUUUUAUGUGAAGGAGUUGACUAAAACAGUGCACGGAUCAAACAGAAAUAUAACAUGCGAUAACUGGUUUACUUCUGUCCCACUGGCGAAGAGCUUGCUAAAGGCUCCGUAUAAUUUGACAUUAGUUGGGACCAUACGAUCAAAUAAGAGAGAAAUUCCGGAAGAAAUAAAGAAUUCACGUUCGCGCCCGGUAGGUUCUUCAAUGUUUUGCUUUGACGGACCUUUGACUUUGGUUUCAUAUAAACCCAAGCCAUCAAAGAUGGUUUACUGUUUAUCGUCGUGUGAUGAAGAUGCUGUAAUAAAUCAAAAUAAUGGAAAACCUGACAUGAUAUUAUUUUACAAUCAAACUAAGGGUGGCGUUGAUUCAUUCGAUCAAAUGUGUUCCUCGAUGUCUUCUAAGAGGAAAACUAAUAGAUGGCCUAUGGCGGUUUUUUAUGGCAUGUUGAACAUGGCUUUUGUGAAUUCAUAUGUUAUUUACUGUCACAACAAGUUGGCUAAAAAAGAGAAACCACUUAACCGAAAAGAUUUUAUGAAGAAAUUGAGUACAGAAUUGACAACGCCCUGGAUGCAAAAAAGAUUAGAGGCACCUACUUUGAAAAGGACCUUGCGUGAAAGCAUAGCAAGUAUACUGAAUACAGAGGCACAACCAAUAACACAAAGUUCCAGUGGUGAGCCAGAACCAAAGAAACGACGUUAUUGCGGUUUUUGUUAUUAUAAAAAAAAAAGAAUGACGAAAACACAGUGCUCUAAGUGCAAAAAACCCAUAUGUGGAGAGCAUAACAUUGACAUUUGCCGAGACUGUGUCUAA